CUCCUGCUGAUCAGCGGUAAGUGUAAAGACUUACAACGCUAACAUACGAGGUUCGACUCUCCACGGGGUCAAGAGUGCAAGUAACCCAGUAUCUAUCUUUGUGUUAAAAAUCAAGCAAACUAACAAAUGCUAAUAACCUACUGAAAAUGGGAUAAGGGUGAUUAGCAAACGUUUAUAUGUCGGAACGCGAUAAACUUAUACAAAAAGCAGUAACAUUUGACGACAGGAAAGAGGGGGAGGGAAGGAGGAAAUCACAUCUUACAUAUUUCCGGUUAUUAGUUUCUGAGAAGCAACACGGAUACAUAUCUCGUGGAAGCACAUUGCUGUACGACUGUAAAUGAUAUAACAUCAUUCAACAAGUCAGUUGGAGCCUGUACACUUCGUGUGGAUCAAGAAUUAGCUAAGAAGUGCAAGUUAAUCACUUUAUUUGAUUAUAUAUGUACACUUCGUGUUCCAAAGUCCGUUGAGUCUACAAUUUAAGGUCGAGUGUGCUACAAAUAUAAUUCACAGUUCUAUAGGAAAGACUAAAAAUAUGUGGAGUUUACUAAAACUCACUUUGUUUGUUUUUAUCAGUGGAAUAGGAGGCUUUUCGAUCGUACGUGCAGUAUCCAAGUGCGGUGCUUUUCCAAAAAUAAAAAAUGCUGUGGGUAAGGCUAAGGACCAGGAGUCUUAUGAUGUAGGAACUAUUGUGUCUUAUGUUUGUGAAUAUGGUUAUAAAAAUGCUAUUACACAUGCACUGAGUGAAGCCAGGGAUGCAUCUCAGUCUCAAUGUCAAAUGAAUUCAAAUGAAAACCCAUACUGGACAGAGCCAUCAUUGGAUUGCAAACCCGUGAAGUGUGGUGAUCCGGGUGUUCCAAAGAAUGGCAGAUACCUGGAUUUUAUUUUCACAUUUCCGCAUGGAGUGAAGUUUCAGUGUGAUAAAGGCUACGAGCUUGUAGGAAGAAGAGAGAUUUUCUGUCUUCCAAAUGGUGACUGGAGUAGCCCAGUUCCAGACUGUGAACUCAAACAAUGCCCGUUGCCAUCAGAUCCACAAAAUGGAAAGGUAUCAUACAAUUUGUUAACAUAUAAGUCUGUGAUUAACUAUCACUGUGAUAAAGGUUAUGGAUUGGUUGGACCAAGUGAGAGGGUCUGCUUGGAAGAUGGAAUGUGGAGUGGUGAAGAACCUUCUUGUGUUG